GGAACAGAGACAGACGGACUGCAGUGAUGGACGGCUUCUCUCUGAACUCUAAAAAGAGACUGACAUGAUCCUCAAACUUUGAAUUUGAAAGUGAAAGCAAACACUGUACACACUUUAUAAACAACUAUAGCAAACUAAAGACUACUAGGAACAGGACUAUGGCGUCAAAACACUUCUCAGAAGAGGAUUUAGCCUGUCCUGUGUGCUGUGACAUCUUCAAAGACCCUGUGCUGCUGUUAUGUAGUCACAGCUUCUGUAAAGUCUGUUUGCAGCAGUUCUGGGAAACUAAACGAUCCAGAGAAUGUCCAGUCUGCAGGAGAAAAUCAUCAAUGGAACAUCCUCCUCUUAACCGCCAUUUAAGGAACCUGUGUGAAACCUACUUACAUGAGAGAAGUCAGAGAGCUUCAGCAGGGUCUGAGGUGCUCUGCAGUCUGCACAGUGAGAAACUCAAGCUCUUCUGUCUGGAGGACACACAGCCUGUGUGUCUGGUGUGUAGAGACUCCAAAACACACAAACACCACAACUUCAGUCCCAUCAGUGAAGCUGCACCAGAUAUGAAGGAGGAGCUCAAGAUCAAACUGGAGCCCCUAACAAAGAAACUGAAGACCUUUGAAGAAGUUAAACUCCUCUGUGAUCAAACAGCAGCACACAUUAAGACUCAGACCCAGCACACAGAGAAGCAGAUGAAGAUGGAGUUUGAGAAGCUUCAUCAGUUUCUACGAGAUGAAGAGGCAGCCAGGAUAGCUGCACUGAGGGAGGAAGAGGAACAGAAGAGUCAGAUGAUGAAGGAGAAGAUUGAGAAGAUGAGCAGAGAGAUCUCAACUCUUUCAGACACAAUCAGAGCCAUAGAAGAGCAGAUGGGAGCUGAUGAUGUGACUUUUCUGCAGAAAGCCAAGAUCGGGAACAGCAGCAUCCUCAGGGGACUACCCUCCCAGUUUAAGUGUCAUUAUUUUAAGUUGAAGAACUUUGAGGUGGAGCUGGGGAGGAGGUGCUUGUGUGCUAGAGCAUGGAAACCCGACCGAAGCCCGAUGGGACCCGUCGGAACCCGACGGGUUCGGUCGGAGUCGGACAGAUAUUUAGAACUUAUGUUCGGGCUCGGGUCGGACCCGGACACAUCAGCGCGAUAA